CCAGGCUCACAGGUGCUCUUUCGGCACGUGCAUGAACCACCAAAAUUUCAGCUACAUAUCAAACCACCCACCAUAUAGAGCCUUCUACUCUAAUACGUCCCAGCCAAUUGAAAUGACCACGCUUUUGAAGAGAAACUACGCGUCGGGGCUCUCAAGACUCACGAGAAACUUCAAGGACAUUCAGCCUAAGCCGUUUGUGAUGGAGACAUUGUCGAAGCCGUUUGGAAUUCCGCAGCCACUCAACUUGACGGACUACUACCAAAACCAGAACUCGAAGCACAAGGUCCAAAACUUCCAGAGCUUCAAAUACGAGUUCUUCGACAAGUCGCGCAAGGAAGAGAAGCGUGUGGAAUUGGCAAAGACAUACUCUGAGAGCGGAUUCUACGAGAUGGGCAUCUUCAGACAGACGAAAGGGCGCAUUUUCGGCCCCCCACCCGGAUUAUUCCGUGGCGAUAAGGCCUUGUACUUUCCGUCUGUUAGGGGUGAGAACUUGUUGGGACAGCAGGUGGAUCUCCAGGCGUUGUGGGCGGGCAAAAUCAAUGUGAUGAGGGUAUUUACUCCACGGAUCGCAGAUGAGUCCAGUGCCGCGUGGUUGAAGGCAGACGGGCUUGAUUACUUGAAUAAGGACUACGAGGCGUUCCAGGCACGUUUUCCCCACUCCCAGAUACUUGACUUGAAUCUCGCGGAGAACGGCAUCAAGGGAUUGUUCACGCGGUUCGCGCGUGGCAGCUUACGUGCGCUCACGAACUCGAAGCGACACGGGUUGUACGUGAUGAGUACGCGUGACCAGUUCAAUGUGGACUUGGGCCUAAUGAAAGAGGCAACCAAGUUGAGGAACUUGUAUGCGGGGUAUCUCUAUGUGAUUGACUGGGAGGGUAAGAUCAGAUGGGCAUGUUCGGGGGAUGUGAAUGAGGCGGAGCAGGCGGUUUUGUUUAAAAACUUGCGAUUGUUAGAGAAGGAAUUUACCAGCAGCGAAAGUCAACGCUAGCAAGAUCAAGUCUGGCUGGAUGUCUUUGUAUAUAUACCUAUUUCAACAAAUGCUUAUAGUUGAUAGAUCGCUAAUGUAAUGAUUCAAGUGUG